AUGGCAACGAACAGAACAUUUCUUCAGACAGUUUUAAUGUUCUUUCUACAUGGUUGCAUAUUGGCUGCAAGCGGCGAUACAAGAGCAAGUUGCCGAACAGCUCCAGCAGAUUUAGUUUUCAUCUUAGAUGGCUCCUACAGUGUUGGCCCAGAAAACUUCGAAAUAAUCAAAAGAUGGCUCUUCAAUAUAACAAGUAACUUUAACAUAGGACCAAAAUUCAUUCAGGUUGGAGUAGUGCAGUACAGCGAUUAUCCUGUACUUGAAAUUCCUCUGGGUUUUUAUGACUCCAAUGAAAACCUAAUCAGAGAAAUGGCAUAUGUGCAGUAUUUGGGUGGAAACACGCAGACGGGCAAAGCCAUUCAGUUUGCAAUGGACCAUCUAUUUGGUAAAUCAGAAAGGUUCCUUACACGGAUUGCAAUUGUCCUGACUGAUGGUAAGUCCCAGGAUGAGGUGAAAGAGGUGGCUUCUGAAGCCAGGAGAAACAAAAUCACACUGUUUGCCAUUGGCGUUGGUUCUGAAACCGAAAGAGGAUGAAUUGAAAGCGAUUGCCAACAAGCCUCUUCCACAUAUGUGUUCCAUGUUGCAGAUUAUAUGGCAAUAUCCAGAAUAAGGGAAGUCAUAAAGCAGAAACUCUGCGAAGAAAGUUCAAUCGUUUGCCCAACAAAAAUUCCAGUGGCAUCUCGGAUGAAAAAGGAUUGAUAUCCUUUUAGGUUUAGAUGUUAAAAAAAGGUGAAGAAAAGAAUUCAGAUUCCAAGCACUAAUGUAAAAGCUUAUGAAAUCAUUUCCCGGAUUGAUCUGACAGAAUUGACAAGAAAUGUAUUUCCAGAAGGCCUUCCUCCAUCAUAUGUAUUUGUAUCUACACAGCGAUUUAAAGUAAAAAAAACAUGGGAUUUGUGGAGGAUUUUAAGCCAAGAUGGAACACCACAAAUAGCUGUUACUGUAAUCGGAGAAGAAACAUUAUCCUUUACUACAACAAACCUAGUCAAUGGCAGUCAGAUUGACUUUACUGCACCCCGUGUAAAGACAUUGUUUGAUCAAGGCUGGCAUCAAAUUCGUCUCUUAGUAACUGAAGCUGAUGUAACAUUGUACAUAGAAGACCAAGAAACGGAAACGAAGCCAUUGCAUCCUGUCGCAGGAAUCUAUAUUAGCGGAGUGACUCAGAUAGGAAAAUAUACUGGAAAAGAAAAUCUGUUAACUUCUGCUUUACAGUUUGACAUCCAAAAGCUAAGGAUUUAUUGCAGCCCGGAACAAAACAGCCGUGAAACAGCCUGUGAGAUACCUGGCUUUAAUGGAGAGUGCAAGAAUGGACCUAGCGAUGUAGGAGCUACACCUCCUCCUUGUAUUUGUCCUCCAGGAAAACAAGGACCCCCAGGCCCCAAAGGUGAUCCAGGACAACCCGGGAUUCAUGGCUUCCCUGGAGAAUCUGGUCCAGAUGGUAAGCCUGGUUAUCAAGGAGUAGCUGGUACUCCAGGAUCACCAGGGAUUCAAGGUCCACAUGGCCUUCCAGGUGUGAAAGGCGAACCUGGGAGAGAUGGGGCAAAGGGUGAACGUGGAGUUCCAGGUUUUUCUGGAUUACACGGAAUGCCAGCAUCUAAGGGGGACAGAGGACCUAAAGGAGAUCAAGGCAUACCAGGAAUUUAUGGGAAAAAGGGCGCAAAAGGAGAAAAAGGUUCUUCUGGAUUUCCUGGAAUACCUGGACGGGUUGGAGAACCUGGGAGGAAUGGGAAGGAUGGCGUACCUGGAAUUCCAGGUUUUAAGGGAGAAGUUGGACAACAGGGUUCUCAAGGACCAGAAGGAAGACGGGGGAAUCCAGGAAUGCCUGGGAUCCCUGGAAUUCAAGGAAUAAAAGGAGAUAAGGGUGAAAGUGGGCUACCAGGUCAAGAAGGAGAAAAAGGACCGUCAGGGUUACCUGGUCUUCCUGGACCUGAGGGAUCAUCAGGUUUACCUGGAGGGUCUGGUCCUAAGGGCGACAAGGGUGAACAAGGACCACAAGGGAAAUCAGGAAUUCCAGGUACCAAGGGAGAACAAGGAAGACUGGGUGAUUCAGGUGAACCAGGCUACCCCGGGAUUCCUGGUACACCUGGUUUGAAGGGAGAGAAAGGAAAUCAAGGUGAAAAAGGUAUCCAGGGUCAUAAGGGUGAAGGAGGCAAAACCGGUAUUCCAGGCCAAAAGGGAUCGGUGGGAUUUAAAGGAGAUAAAGGAGAGAUAGGUGAGAAAGGAAACCCCGGCUUCCAUGGCAUCCAUGGUCAGAAGGGGGAACCAGGAGUGAAUGGCUUGAUGGGUUCUCCAGGAUCCCGGGGAAUACAAGGAGAGAGGGGCUUUCCAGGAAUCCCUGGUUCAGAUGGAAAACCUGGAAGAAGUUUCUCAGAAGAAUUUAUUCGGCAAGUUUGUGCAGAUGUGAUGAGAACCCAGUUGCCUACUAUACUUAGGGACAGAAGGUUUCAGCAUUGCGAUCAUUGCCAAACUCAGGAUGCCAUCUCUGGACCUCCUGGUCCACCAGGCCCAACUGGUCCACAAGGUUCUCGAGGAUUUCCUGGUCUGCCAGGAAAUGAUGGGGCUCCAGGUCUGGCAGGAGUUCCUGGGCGUCCUGGAUCUCGUGGCCCAAAAGGACUACCAGGAAAAAAUGGAGCUAAAGGAAACCAAGGUAUUGGAGUUCCCGGGAUUCAAGGCCCUCAGGGAGUUCCAGGUCCUGAAGGCCCACCGGGAAUAGGUAAAGAAGGACGCCCUGGACAACGUGGGGAGCCUGGGAAAGACGGAGAACGUGGAAGUCCUGGAAUUCCAGGGCAAAUUGGACAGCCUGGAAUUUGUGACCCAUCUCUGUGCUUCAGUGCAAUUGUACGGAGAGAUCCAUUUAGAAAGGGACCAAAUUAUUAA